GCGUUUCUGUCACAUGAGGAGGAGGAGGCUGAGAAACAGAAAUAUGCUUCUUUUUUUUGACAGCUAGCUUGAAGCUAGCUUGGUCAGGUAAGGUCGAGUGAUAGAGGAAGGCUCGCGGAGGAUAACCUGAGGGGUUGUAGUGCUGUCGCGUGACGGACGAGCUUAUUUUUAGAGCCCAUAACAGAAGCAGACAUUAUUAAUGGACUAGGACUACCCCCCCAGAAGAAGGCCCAGCUGCACGGAUCCCCCUCUUGGACUACCCAGCUCAUCCAACAUGGAAUAAUCUCUGCACACUCUCACUACAUCUACUUUUUGCAUCUUUAAAGGAGUAUUCCCCCUUUUUUUUUGAAAGCAUGCCUUUGAGCACUGGACUCCAGGAGAAGAUGCAUGACUGGGAACCAUGAAGCAUCCAGGGAAGUGACCUCGGCGGACACUACAGCCUGGCACCAUGGCAUCCAAGGAGAGGCUCUAUGAAGUCUGGAUGCUCUACUGCACUAAGAGGGAUCCAGACUACUUGAAGCUAUGGCUGGAGAUUUUCAUCAGCUCCUAUGAACGAUGCCUGGACGUGGACUUUGAAAAGCCACCUACAAGGCCAGAGGAGGUCCCCCCGGUGUUGACGCUCCUCCCAGACAACAUCCUGCAGGUUUUGCGCCACCAGCUGCUGCAGUGCGUCCAGAAAGCCUCCGAUGGCCUGGAGCCCGAGCAGCAAAACCUGGCUCUGCUGCUGCUCAAGUUCCUUAUCAUCAUCUGCAGGAACAUGUCCAAUGUGGAGGAGAUCGGCACUUGCUCUUACAUCAACCACAUCAUCACAAUGACAACUCUCUACAUUCAGCAGCUAAAGAGCAAGACCAAAGAGAAGGAGAUGGUGGACCAGAGUCAGGCGGAGGAGUUCGUCCGUCAUGCGCUGGCUUUCUGCGAGAGCCUGUAUGACCCGUACCGCAACUGGAGGCAUCGAACCUGCGGGGAGCAGCUGGGCACGGUGGAAAGAAGCAGACAGAAGUACAAGGCAGCUCCGCUCACGGUUGAAUUUGUUCCUUUCUUUUACCAGUGCUUCCAGGAGAGUGAGCACCUGAAGGAGAGUCUGAAAUGCUGCUUACUGCACCUGUUUGGAGCCAUAGUCGCUGGUGACCAGAGAAACGCUCUCCUCGCCAUCUCCCCGGCCACCAUGGAGGUGUUGAUGCGGGUGCUUGCCGACUGCUCCACUGGCAGCUGCUCCACGGACGAGGGCGAGGACUGGGACAGCGAGGCCCCCGACCGUAAGGCUGUGCUCACCCUGGGCUGCCUGCGGGAGGUGGUGCAGCGACUCCUCGCCUCCAGCUCCGACCAGCGGCAGGUGGAAAUCGCCUCGGUGCUGGAAAAUUACUUCAAGCUGCUCAACUCGGACCCGGCGGCUGUGGUUGCUGCAAAACAGCAGCAGCAGCAGCAGCAACAGCAACAAGCUAAGGUCCGAGUGCCAACUCUUGGGCGCCACUGGGAGAGCAGAUUUGUGGCGCUGCAAGUAAAUAUGCUAGACACCAUCAGGGACAUGUUCCUGUGCUCAGACAGGCCAGUUCUACAAGCCAUCUUCCUCAACAGUAACUGUUUUGAGCAUCUGACACGACUGCUGCAGAACAGCAAGCUGGUAAACGCUAGGUGCACGGCGGCAGACAAGGACCAGAAAGAUAUAACCAACAACAGGUUACUGACAGGAGAGAGGGACACUCAGGUCUUUCAAGGGAGGCUAGACUCCCUCGCUGUCGCCACCAUCAAAGCCCUGACGACAGUGAUGCACAAAUCACCAGCUGCAAAGGAGGUGUUCAAGGAGAGGAUUGGUUACAAUCACCUGUAUGAAGUUCUCACGUCACUCGGCCAGCCGUCACGCCACCUCCUCAAAGAGCUGAUGAACAUGGCUGUGGAGGGUGAGCACACCUCAGUGGGGCUCCUGGGCAUCAGUAACGUGGAACCCUUGCUGCUGCUGGUCCAGUGGCUCCCAGAGCUGGACUCAUCGGAGCUGCAGCUUUUCACCGCCGACUGGCUCCGUCGCCUCAGCUGCCUCAACCGCCAGACCCGCGCCACCUGCGUCAACGCCGCCAUGGUCAUGCGAGCGCUGGCCGCGCUGGACCGCCACGAACGUUUACACCGCUCUUGCGCUGAGAGCCUUCUAGGACUGGUAGGCUCACUGGGCUCCCAGUCCUUGAGUGCAAGGGAACUGUUGGGACUCCUGCGCCUUCUCAGGCCUCCAGAGUCCACUCAAGCACACCCGUAUGUAGGUCCUGCUCUCAGAGCCCUCCUGGCCAUGGUACGGAAGCAGGGCUUGGAGAGCGCAAUGCAGUACUUUGAUCUGUCGCCAAGCAUGGCAGGGAUUGUAGUCCCAACAGUGCAGCGCUGGCCAGGCUCCGCUUUCAGCUUUCUCGCCUGGUUGUCACUGGAUCAGGACCAGCUAGGCCCACCAAGCAAGGACAAGAGGAAGCAGCUCUACAGCUUUUUCACCCCUGGAGGGACGGGGUUCGAGGCCUUCAUCAGCUCAGCGGGCACCCUGGUCGUGGCUGUAUGCACAAAAAAAGAGUACGUCACAGUCAUGCUGCCCGACUACUGCUUCUGUGACUCUCUCUGGCAUAGCAUCGGUGUGGUGCAUGUUCCAGGGAAGAGGCCGUUUGGACAGAGUCUUGUGUGCAUUUAUGUGGAUGGACAGCAGAAACUGUCCGCUCCACUCAAGUAUCCCACUAUGACCGAGCCGUUCAUUUCCUGUUGCAUCGGCUCAGCGGGUCACCGAACCACCACUCCACCACCUUCCCAAAUCCCAGACCCUCCCUUCUCCACCGCUACCACCCCCACCACCCGCUCCUCAUUGGGUGGCAUCCUCUCGCCGCAGACCUGGGGAGGCCUCCUUGGGGGGAAACCUGAGUCAGUCACUAAGCUCAUCUCUGCGGGGACACAGGACAGCGAGUGGGGAAGCCCUACGUCCUUGCAGGGCCAGCUUGGGAGCGUCAUGGUCUUCCACGAGCCUCUGCAGGCCAACCACGUUAAAGCCAUCUGUGGUGCUGGUCCAAACUGUAUCUCUCCAUUCAAGACCCAAGAAUCAGAACUGGGUGAUUUCUCAACCAAACUCCUUCUGCACUACUCACCCAAGGCGUGUAGGAACCCCAUCUGUCUAGAUCUGUCCCCAAACAUGCUGCAUGGACGCCUGACUGGGAACAAAGUCGUCAACUGGGAUAUCAAGGAUAUGAUCAACUGUGUAGGCGGCCUGCCCGUGCUCUUCCCCAUACUGGAGCAGCUGUCCCUUGUGACACCGGAGCAACAAGGCAAUGAUCCUGCUGCUGGGUCGGACUUCAUCACCCCUGAUGUGACCACGCCAGCCGAUGGAGAUUGGGUCAUCCUCCCAUCGAACAGAUCAUCAGAGGCACGCCUGGAGAAAAAUCUCGUGGCCACCUUCCUGCUGGUGCUGAAGCAUUUCCUGCAGAGACAUCUGAUCAACCAGGAGAAUCUGCUCCACUCGCAUGGGGUGGCUACACUGGGAGCGCUACUGCAAAAGCUCCCAACAGGUCACGUGGAUGUCAGCGUCCUGGUCGCCAUGCAGCUCCUGAUAGAGCAGGUGACAUAUGAGAAGCACCAGGCCCUGUUGCAGCAGCUCCACACGCAUCUGCUGUUCAACUUCAACAUCUGGAACAAAGGAGACUUCCCUCUACGCAUAGGUCACAUCCAGUACAUGUCCACGGUCAUAAAGGAUAACAGGAAGCAGUUCCGGAAAAGAUACGGCGUUCAGUUUCUUUUUGACACCGUGCGCCUUUAUUACGGGAGGAACAUCAAUAAAGACGGCGACCUGAGUGAGGAUGACGUUCGAACCAUCCGUGCGUCUCUGUGCGGCCUUAUUAAGUACUACAUCAGUAAGGGCAUGUCGCAGGAGGAGAUGCACAGCAUUCUGGGAUACAUUGCUGCUAUUGGGGAUGAAGAUCAGUUGUGUGGAUUGCUGGAGUUGCUGCUCAGCCUUCUCCAAAGCAGCCCAGCUAAGGACCAGAUCUUCCUGCUCCUCUUUGAACCCGGCGCGGCAGACUCCUGCUACGCUCUCCUCCUCAACAACAAGCACUCGGAUAGACUCAGAGAGCUCGUCUUCAAGCUGUUUGAGCGCAUGCUACGCUGCGACCGCGUCUACGAGAGGAACAAGCAGCGCUUGCGGCUGAGGGAGGCGGGUUAUGGAGGCCUGUCGCUGCUAUUCUCUGAACUCCACAUCACUCCCACUUUGAUCCGCUGCCUCCUCAACCAGGUCCUCCACACAGAUAACGUUGUGAACUACAAAGACCUGAUAUCUCUGGUGCAGCUCACUCACCGGGCCGGACCGAGAGUACGCCUCAUCGUCUGCAAAAGGGUGUACCAACUCCUACAAUCCCAACAGGACGCUGCCGUCCAAAUUUCUCGUCAGCAGUGUUGGCAGGACACUCUGAUGCGGCUCUACCUCCGGGGCGAAGGCGCCUUGCCGCUGCGCAGUGCAGACACUGUCAGCACCUGCAGCCUGGACCUGAACCGACCCACCAGCGGCAGCAGCACCAAUCGGCUGGAGCUGCCGUUGGAGAGGAGAGGGCGCACAGGGAGCACGGGCCGCCUGGACCGCCUGGAGGACGACCGGCUCAGCAUAGGCGACACUCGCUCCAUGGACAGCAUGGAGAACGGGGACGUCAUCUCGCUGCUUGACACGCCGUCUUCCUCCGCGUCCGCCGAGCCGCAGCUGCACGUCAAGCCCUGGGUGGUGGGGAAGUCGGGCGGGUUGAUGCUGGAUCUGUCCCAUCUGCAGGCCUAUGAGGGAGCAGAGAGUGGCAGCCAAACGCCAGGCAGCAUGCCCAGCACGCCGUCACCGCUGGAGACUUCCAAGCCUUUCCCGGGAGGCUCUGGGGAUCGAGACGCGACUUCCUCUCUGACUGAAGACAGCUUCCUGUUCAGUGACAACAUCUCACUGGGGGAGUCCUUCAAUAAUGUAGAGCGGGCAGAAGAGGAGCUGUGCAGCAUGCUGCUUGAGAUCAUACUCUGUGUGAUGUGGUGUGGAGUCGAAGGUUCUGAUGACUCUGCGUGGCUGGAGCGCGGCCAGGUCUUCUCAGCUCUCACCAAACUGGGAACAGCCAAUGAGCUGUUCCUCCCGGUCGACCAAAUCAAACUGAGCCUCAUGGAGCGUAUGUUGGAGUGGGCGGUGAGCGAUAACCGCGAGGCGUCUGCCGCCACAUUGCCGCAGCAUACCGAGAAUGCGGUGCGGCUGCUGCACAUGGUGCAAGACUUCCUGCAAGCCGAGGGCCUCAUCAAUCCGGCUCUGUGGACGGAGAAGGUGCUUGAGGAGACGGUGACGCUCAUGGACAGCCUCAUGGUGUGGUAUACGUCUGGCACUCAGUGGUUCCAGCUCUCACAAGUUGGACUCAGGCUCCUGUUGGGUUUUAUGGCACAAGAGGACCCUGAGGUUUGUGCAAUGGCCACCGCCAAGCUCAACGGCAUCCUUCAGACCAAAGAGAUCUCCAGUCAGGAUGAGGCUUGCUACCUGCUAGGCAAGAUUGAAGGCAUCCUGCGGCGCUCCAUCCAGGAGCAAACUGAAGAAACAUACUCCUUCCUUGUUCCUCUGCUGCGAACACUCCUCUCAAAAGUGCACCGCCUCCUUUACAUGGAGCUGCACCUCCCCCAGCUCCCCGACACCAACGGCAGCCCGUCCUUCUUCGAGGACUUCCAGCUGUACUGCAACUCACCCGAGUGGCGCGUCUACCUCGACAAAUACAUUAUUCCAUACAUGAAGCAGUAUGAAAUUGAAAUGUUCAGCCAGGGCCACGAGACCAUGGCGCUGUACUGGAAGGAGUGCUACGAAGCGUUCAUGGUCAACCUGCAUAAGAGAGAGCGGGAGAGAGGGGAGAGCAAGAUCCGCUUCCAGGAGCAGUUUGUGGAGCCAUUUUCUCGGCGAGGCCGCCAGGAGAACCUGCGCUACAACAGCAUGUUGAAGCAGCAGCACAGCCAGCACAGUGCCAUCCUCAGGCAGUGGAAGGCAGCACGUCGGGGCCUGGUGUGUGAAAGGGGGCCAUGGGCUGAAAGGCAGCAGGAUGAGAUGCACUGGAGGGUGUCCAGCGCAGAAAACUUCUCCCGCAUGAGGCUGAAGCUGGUCCGGAACUACAACUUUGACCUGCAUCCAGAGGCCAGCGCCUUGAGAGACAACCUGGGUGUCCAUCAGCAGCGUGUGAACCCUGAUUCUCUGCUGCUGGAGGCGGUGAAGCAGGUCAAAGUCAGCGACCUAGAGGACGACAUCCUGGAGCUGCCAGAGGACGACCCUGCCACCGCCAACAACCAGGUUGAAGCAGAGGAGGUGGGCCAGAAGGAGAAGCUGGUUCUGUGGGAGGACUGCGAGCUGGUGACGGUGGUGGACGUGGUCCCAGGCCGCCUUGAGCUCACAACGCAGCACAUCUACUUCUACGACAGCAGCCAGGAGAAAGAGGAAGGAGUGGGUCACGACUUUAAAUGGCCGCUGUCUCAGAUCAGAGAGGUGCACCUGCGGCGGUACAACCUCCGCCGCUCGGCUCUGGAGAUCUUCCUCAUCGACCAGACCAACUACUUCCUGAAUUUCAAGAAAGAGACGAGGAACAAGGUGUACAGCCGCAUGCUGCUGCUGCGAUCCCUCAGUCUGUACGGGACACGAUCGCCACAGGAGCUCCUCAAGGCUUCUGGACUCACACAGAAAUGGGUGAACAGGGAGAUCUCCAACUUUGACUACUUGAUGCAACUCAACACGAUAGCAGGCAGGACGUACAACAACCUGGCCCAGUACCCUGUGUUUCCCUGGAUUCUCGCUGACUACACCUCAGAGGAGCUGAACCUGUCUGAUCCCCGUGUGUUCAGGGACCUCUCGAAGCCUGUGGCUGUUCUAAAUGAACGCAACGCCAAGGCUGUCCGAGAGAAGUAUGAAAGUUUUGAGGAUCCUACAGGCACCAUUGACAGGUUCCACUAUGGCACCCACUACUCAAACGCUGCUGGUGUGAUGCACUACCUGAUCAGAGUGGAGCCCUUCACCUCCCUACACAUCCAGCUGCAGAGCGGACGGUUCGACUGUGCCGACCGGCAGUUCCACUCCAUCCCCGCCACAUGGCAGACCCUCAUGGACAACCCCAAUGACGUCAAGGAGCUGAUUCCAGAGUUUUUCUACUUCCCAGAAUUCCUUGAGAAUCAAAAUGGCUUCGAUCUGGGUCGUCUUCAGAUCUCAAAGGAAAGGGUUAGUGACGUGAUUCUGCCAAAGUGGGCCAAGUCUCCUGAAGACUUCAUCUACAAGCACCGCAAAGCCCUGGAGUCAGAGUAUGUAUCAGCACAUCUCCAUGAGUGGAUCGAUCUGAUUUUUGGGUUCAAGCAAAGGGGCCCUGCUGCAGUGGAGGCACUCAACGUCUUCUACUACUGCACGUAUGAAGGUGCAGUGGACCUCGAUGCACUCACUGAUGAAAAAGAGCGUAAAGCUGUUGAAGGCAUGAUCAGCAACUUUGGACAGACGCCAUGCCAGCUACUCAAGGAGCCCCACCCGGUGCGUCUGUCCCAGGAGGAGGUGGAGAAGAGGAAAGCUCAGCUGGACUCGUGUCCCCUCAAUAUGUUCGAACACCUCGGUGACCUCAAGUCCUUUUUUGUUGAGGGCAUCAGUGACAAUGUUCCGCUUGUGAAGGUCGUGGUGCCAAAGAACCAAUCACAUUCCUUCAUCACUCAAGGGAGCCCCGACACCAUGGUGACGGUUAGUAAGAACUACCUGGUUGGGACCCAUGGGUGGCUGCCUUACAACAAGAACAUCUCCAACUACUUCACCUUCAUAAAGGACCCCACUGUGUCUAAUUCCAAGACCCAGCGUUUUCUGUCCGGACCCUUUGCUCCUGGUGUGGAGGUCACAGCCGGGCUGUUCGUUGUCUCCCACGAUGGCAAGUUGCUCUUCAGCGGCGGUCACUGGGACAACAGCCUGCGGGUCACCUCGCUGGUUAAGGGCAAGACUGUGGGACAGCACAUCAGACACAUGGACAUUGUGACCUGCUUGUCUACAGACCACUGUGGCAUCCACCUGAUCUCCGGCUCCAGAGACACGACCUGCAUGGUGUGGCAGGUUCUGCAGCAGGGCGGUGCUCCCGUCGGUCUCCAUCCCAAACCUGUGCAGGUGCUGUACGGUCACACAGACGAGGUGGUCAGUGUUAGCAUCAGCACUGAGCUCGACAUGGCUGUUUCUGGAUCACGGGAUGGGACGGUGAUCAUCCACACGGUGCGUCGUGGUCAGUACAUGCGUUGCCUGCGGCCUCCGUGCGAUAGCUCCCUGCCGCUCUCCAUCCUCCACCUGGCCGUGUCCUGGGAGGGUCACCUGCUGGUCCACACCUGCGUUGAGGGGAAAGCAACACUGAAGGAUAAAAACGGUCUGCAUCUUUACUCCGUGAACGGGAAGCGCCUCUGCAGUGAGCCCUUAAAGGAGCAGGUGACUGACAUGUGUGUUUCAGGGGAGUAUGUAGUCAUCGGCAGUGAGCAAGGAUACCUGUCCAUACGAGACCUCUACAGUUUGUCUCUGUGCGCCGAGCCGAUGGCCAUGCGCGUCCCGGUGCGCUGCGUCUCCGUCACCAAAGAGCAGAGCCACGUCCUGGUGGGCCUUGAGGACGGCAAGCUGAUCAUCAUCGGCGUGGGCAAGCCGGCGGAGAUGCGAUUCGGCCAGCUCACGCGGAAGCUGUGGGGCUCCAGGAGGACCCACGUCACCUCUGGCGAGACCGAGUACAACACCUAGCACGGCCCGCAACCACUUCCCCGAUCCCCUCCCUCCUUUCUACGCACAUCCCUCAUUCGCCGUCAUACCUGUCGAUCACCAUUCAGGUUGCUUAAAGAGACGGUUUUGUGAACCGUUGAGUUUCACAAAAUCCACCACAUUUGUUAUGUUUCGUGUGUACACGCUUUGUGUUGACCAAACAGCGCCGGCGCUGUGGUUUCGGAUUCACAAGCACCACCACCCCACAACCAAGCACUACAGUAUCAUCUGUGUAUCCUCUGACCUGAUUAGCUUAAGUUUGACAGGAUCAUCCAGCUAGCAUCUCAUUGUCCGAGUGUUUUGGGUGUAUUGCUCUGUCUUAAAAUAUAGUUUCAAGUGGCCUUUUUGUCCCCCUCCUCUAGCUAGCCUUCGACGCAGACAGGCGGCCUGUACUCUGAAGGCGGAACCUUCUCAUGGUUGCCUCAAAGCUGCCACACAGCAGCCUUAUGCAGUAAGACAGAUCCAUCAUUCACAAGACCAAACUCUCUGCCUUUCUAUGCGUUUUCUAAAUGUAAAUACGUCUGUGUGUUCUCCGCUUUGUUUGUGUUUCCUCUUUUUGUUUCUUUACAGAUUUGUGCAUGUGCCAAUCAAUUUGGCAUCCGUCUGUGUACGCAUGGCACUUAUGGUUCAUUUUGAGAUUAGGUAGCAGACACAGUCGUGGGAUCUUGUGCGUUCUUUAGGCUUGGAUGCAGCGAUCUUGUUUUGUUCUACAAACAUCUUACAAACCACUGAAGAGAGAGCAUAUGUAGUGAACCUAAUCCUGUAAGGGAAUAGUUUUUAAUCUUGUGCGCAAUUGUUAAUUUUCUUGUGCUAAAAAGUUGAUUAUCUUGUGCAGGCAACUUAUCUUGUUCGGGCAAAGUAUGAUCUUGUGCAGACAACUUAAUGUCUUGUGCGCACAAAGUAUUAUGAGGUGUGGACAAGGUAUAAUCUUGUGCAGACAAGGUGUUAUCUUGCGCGCGCAAUGUAGUCAAGAUAAAUGUUCAUAAAUGUUGUGGUAAACUUUCUUUUUUCUUUCUCGUAUGUCUCAGAGAAUCUCUGAACUUUUUGCGUUUUGCUUUACUUGAAAGAUCAUAGCAUAUUUUUUGAUUCCCAAGGUGGAGCAGUGCUGUUCAACAGCUAGUUUAUUUAUUCCUCUCUGUAAUCAAGCAUUAUCUUUAGCUUUUUACUAUCACAAAGGUAGCCGUUAGAGGCUAAAUAUGCUACUCUUGAUAUCAGGAUAGAUGGCCUGUUGAGGUUGGAUAUAAGCUAUUAAGUUUGUGCGCACAAGAUAAAAAAAUACCACCUUUACAGAACUUUAGGGACUCUCUACUUUAUUAUUUAAGUUAUAUAAAGACAAAUAUACGCACUCUAGAGAACACACUACAUUCUCAAACACAAGACGCUUCCAUCACAGUUGAGCAUAAAAAAAAAGAAGUUCAAAGUUACUUGAAAAAAAAUGUUUAUUUAUAAGUCAAAGUAGCAGUUUUUUUAAACCACAUCUUACUGACACAAGUUGAAACCUCUAUAGACUGUUCAGACACCUGUAAGAGAAGGAGACGGAAGAAAUCCUCAAGGGCUUUAUGAGAUGUCAGUGUUAACAGCAAUACAGCUCCCUCUGCAGGCGGCUGUCAACGCUUACUUCCUGUUUUUUUCCUGUAAGCCAUGCCUCUAUCUCUAGUCUUCCUGUAGUGAAACUACCCGACGCUUUCAUGAGCUUCAUCCUGUGUUGCUUUUUACCUCUCAUAUUCGUUCCUGCUCAUCGUGAAGUGACUGAUUUUUAGAGUUUCAUGACAGUUAGCAUGCCUUGUUCGUCGCUAAAAAUACAUGUCGUUGCGUGUGCGAAUGCGAACCCUGUGAUAUCAGACUCACACAAAACAAAGCCACAGUAGGAAGCUCCUGUGGAUGAGACUGUGUGGUUUAUAUUUUUGCACCAUACCUGUGCGUGUGUGAGUGAGUAUGUGACGAUAUGCAGACGAUGCAUGUGUAUUUUUUUAUAGCCAAAUUGUGAUUUCAUCGUUCAUGUUUCUGAUUCUGUGAACCUAAGUCACGUGUUCGGGAGGAUCGACCCUAUUUUUAUGUGAUACUGUAAUUAGUUUUAUUUAAAUGUCACAGGAAAGAAGAGUGCAAAGACCAAUCUGUGUCCUUCUUGAAGAGAUUUCUGUAAAAGGUGCAUAAAAAUGUCUUUCAAUGCAGCUUUCUUUUUCUUUUCUUUCACUCAUCCUCAUUUGUCGUUCAGACAAAAGACCACUGUUUGAAUUUGCAUCAAACGGAGUGCCUUUAUCCCAGUGUGUGAUUAACAUACAGUAGAGCUAGGUGUCCCUCAUCGCUGAAGCUUAUCACCCUUGACUUUACCGGAAACAAUAAAAACAAAUUAAAGCAGCAUUCCAGAAGUUAAACCUCCACGAGAGGAACCGAGACUAGAGGACUUUCAAAGCAACAUGACAAAGUACUAUUUUGUGUCUUAGCAACAUUCUCUGUGACUGUCACCAAAUGGAUGUGUGUAUAUCUGUGAUUAUUUAUGAAUACAGUAUAUAAUGUACAGCAUGAUUUUUAUUUCUGCGUAUUUGAAAAUGUACUUUUGCACUUUCCAGGUACUAAAUUGUAACAAAUUGUUUUAACUUGGCUCCCUAAUCUGUACAAACUGCUUUGUAUACACAAGUGGAAAAUGAUCAUUAAAGUCUUGUCUAAAUUUAAAA